UGCAGAGCUGGUUAGCGGCGACGCGUUCACACACAUCGAUUGUGCGCAAGAACUAUCCACGCAAAUUUUCGAGAUGGAGAAGAAAAUCCCGGACUUUUCUGGAAAAUGGAAAAUGAAGUCUUCAGAAAGUUUUGAGGAACUCUUGAAAGCGCUGGGUGUGAAUGUGUUCGUGAGGAAAAUCGCCGUGACGGCAGCCUCCAGUCCUGCAGUGGAAAUCACCCAGCAGGGGGAAAGUCUGUCCAUCAAAACAUCAACCAGCAUCCGCACUACCCAUGUUUCCUUCACUGUGGGUCAGUCGUUCAAUGAAACCACAGUAGAUGGACGCCCAUGCACGAGUUUUCCUACAUGGGAAUCAGAGAGCAAGAUCAGCUGUGAGCAGACAUUACAGAAAGGCGAGGGACCCAAGACGGCUUGGACGAGAGAGCUGACUUAUGACGGAGAGCUGAUACUGACAAUGACAGCAGGGGAUGUUGUCUGCACCAGAGUCUAUGAAAGGGAAUGAAGAAAUGACAAUGCUGCCAUACCAAACUCCCCUUUGUGCCCAACUCGCCUGCCGAACUCUUCCCAUCUGUACUCCGAAAAAAGGCCAAUUUGCCCGGACCGAAAAUGACUGUUUAAUUCACGGAAAAUUGAAACUCCCCUGAUUGUAAAUUUUUAGCCAAGCCAAACCUGGGCAUUGGGAUUUUAACAAUCUUUACAAGUUUGACUAUUUUGAUUGGUUUUGGGGGCAUUAAAUAAUCAGUUAUUGUCAUGUUAUCAAAUAUUAUAUUGAUAUCAUCAUAAAAGUAUUGGCACCCCUGCAAUUCUGUCAAAUAAUGCUCAAUUUCUCCCAGACAAUGAUUGCA